AUGAAUGUGGAAACCCUCUGGACUCCAGGGACAGCCAUGUCCAGAAGACACCUGGACUUUCAGAACUCAGGAAUCAGCAGUGCUGGAAACAGAUGUUACAGACUGACUGUAGUGUGUCUGGGGCUGCUGUGUGUUCUCCUGCUCGGGCUGCUAUGUGCUCUCCAGCUAAAGCUGUUUAUCAACAGACACCAGUUAGAAACCAGUUACAACAACCCGACAUUACAGAAAGACCAGUUACAGACCACUAACAGCAACCUAAUCAUAGAAAGAGAGCAGUUACAGACCAGUUACAGCAACUUGACAUUGCAGAGAGACCAGUUACAGACCAGUAACAGCAAGCUAACAUUACAGAGAGACCAGUUACAGAGCAGUUACAGCAAUCUGAUAUUACAGAAAGAUGAUCUACAAACGAAAUAUAAUGUUCUAAUAUCCCAGAUGGACCAGUUAAAUACCAGUUACAACAGCUUGAUCAUAGAAAGAGAGCAGUUACAGAGCAGUUACAACAACCUGAUAUUACAGAAAGAUGAUCUACAAACGAAAUAUAAUGUUCUAAUAUCCCAGAUGGACCAGUUAAAUACCAUUUUCUUAGCAAUUGCUAGGGCGAUGAGUAUGGGAUGGAAGUACUUUCAAUCCAGUCUGUACUACAUCUCUACUGACAAAAAGACCUGGUUUGAGAGCAGACAGGACUGCAGAGAGAGAGAAGCAGACCUGGUCAUCAUAAACAGCAGAGAGGAACAGGAGUUUGUCUUUAACCUGAGAUGUAGUGUCAGUGCUUGGAUUGGUCUGACAGACAAAGAAAAAGAGGACAUCUGGAAAUGGGUGGAUGGUACAGCACUGACCACUGGGUACUGGCAUAAGGGCCAGCCUGACAGUCAAGCAGAAGAUCAGGACUGUGUUGCUAUUCACUAUGAAUAUGAUCCUUUGGAGAGCUGGAAAGAUAUAAGAUGCCAGUGGAAGACCUACUGGAUCUGUGAGAAGUCAAUGAAGUUAUAA